GCACCCCAGGCUGGGGGCCGCGCGCUUGGGAGACGUGGGUUGUCGUUGCGGCGGGUUCGAGUGACAAGAGACUCCGACUGUCCGGCGUCUCGGAGCGCAGCCGAGGUCACAGCGCAGCCGACAUGGAGCCCGAGGCGGAGCCCGAGCCUGUCACGCUGCUGGUGAAGAGCCCCAACCAGCGCCACCGCGACCUGGAGCUGAGCGGCGACCGCAGCUGGAGCGUGAGCCGCCUCAAGGCCCAUCUGAGCCGCGUCUACCCAGAGCGCCCGCGUCCAGAGGACCAGAGGUUAAUUUAUUCUGGGAAGCUGUUAUUGGAUCACCAGUGUCUCAAGGACUUGCUUCCAAAGCAGGAAAAAAGGCAUGUUUUACAUCUGGUGUGCAAUGUGAAGGGUCCGUCAAAAGUGCCAGAAGCCAGCACAAAGGUUACUGAAUCCACAGAGCAGCCUGCUGGCCUCAACCAAGGACAGUCUCCUGGGGAUUCCUCAAGUGAUGGUGUAAGGCAAAGGGAGGUUCUUCGGAACCUUUCUCCCUCUGGAUGGGAAAAUGUCUCAAGGCCUGAAGCAGCCCAGCCAGCAUUCCAAGGCCUGGGGCCUGGUUUCUCAGGUUACACAACUUAUGGGUGGCUGCAGCUCUCCUGGUUCCAGCAGAUAUACGCACGCCAGUACUACAUGCAGUAUCUAGCAGCCACUGCUGCAUCAGGGGCUUUUGUUCCCUCACCAAGUACACAAGAGAUACCUGUGGUGUCUGCACCUGCUCCAGCCCCUAUUCACAACCAGUUUCCAGCAGAAAACCAGCCAGCCAAUCAGAAUGCUGCUCCUCAGGUGGUGGUUAAUCCUGGGGCCAAUCAAAAUUUACGAAUGAAUGCACAAGGUGGUCCUAUUGUGGAAGAGGAUGAUGAAAUAAAUCGAGAUUGGUUGGAUUGGACCUAUUCAGCAGCAACAUUUUCCGUUUUUCUCAGUAUCCUCUACUUCUACUCCUCCCUGAGCAGAUUCCUCAUGGUCAUGGGAGCCACUGUUGUCAUGUACCUGCAUCAUGUUGGGUGGUUUCCCUUUAGACAAAGGCCAAUUCAGAACUUCCCAAAUGAUGGGCCUCUUCAUGAAGUGGUAAAUCAGGACCCCAACAAUAACUUACAGGAAGGCCCUGAUCCUGAAAUUGAAGACCCCAACCACCAACCUGGUCCAGACAGAGACGUGCUGGAUGACCAGCAGGCCAGCCCUUCGUUCAUGAGCACAGCCUGGCUUGUUUUCAAGACUUUCUUUGCCUCUCUUCUUCCAGAAGGACCCCCAGCCAUAGCGAACUAAUGGUGUUAGCUCUCUACCUGCUAGAGACCUUGACAGGCACGGACUGACUCAACUGACUCCAGCUAGAUUUCCUCACCUGGACAUGGCAAAGGCACAAAGUUUGUAAACGAACCGACAAGGAUGAUGAUACGCUUUUAUUGUGAUCAAGCAAAAACAGAAAGUAAGACGUGAAGCCAUGAAAACAAAUUGAUGAACAAAAAUGCCUAAGGCUUCUCAUGUCUUUAUUCUGAAGAGCUUUAAUAUAUACUGUCUGUAGUUCCAUAGACAUUGUAAGUAGAAGGCAUUCAUGUCGCAUGUUUAUGCCUGAGGAGCUUUUCCAGAUUUGUGUGUCUGCAUGUGUGUUUGUAAAUAGACGUCAUAGAUGCAGAAAUGGUUCUGCUGGUACGAUUUGAUUCCUGUUGGAAUGUUUAAAUUACACUAAGUGUACUACUUUAUAUAAUAAUCAGUGGAAUUGCUAGACAUGUUUUAGCAGGACUUUUAUAUAGGAAAGACAAUGUAUAAUUGCUUUUUAAAAUGCAGUGCUUUACUUUAAACUAAGGGGAACUUUGCAGAGGUAAAGAUCUUUGCUGGUUUUCUGUUCAAUAAAGUUUUACUAUGAAUGACCCUG